CUCAGACAACCUCAAUCUCUCGAUUGUCCUUCGUCAGCUUUGGCUCAGGGUCAACACUUCUCACAGGACGCGAACCAUGGCAGCCGUGGAAUACGCCAGGUCAGGAAGAUCAAGUUGCAGCUGCUGUGGCGAGCGCAUCGCAGUAGAUUCCGUGCGAUUCAAGGUUGCCAGGAAAUGGCAUUGCGUCGAAUGCUUUGCCCAGAGUGGCAAGAGGAGCGAGAGGAGUGUUGAUGGUGCUGACGACCUGAGCAUUGAUGACCAACGCAUUGUCUCAGAGCUCAGGAAGAGAUCACGAAGUGCGUCGGCGCUCCAGCAGGAGGCCGAAGAGCUACGAGCAGUGCGACAAUGUGUUCGCGAGUGGUCGAAGAACUACGGAGAGUGCGAAACUAAGAAGGAUGCCGAAAAGGAUGAGACUUCCGAGUCCGCUGAAUCGCAGUCCACAGAGCUCUCCGAGCUUUGGGCCUUGGCCGAGAAAUUGAGGGCCCUAAUUGCUACUAGGAGCAAGGACGCUAGCAGCUCCCGGCCACACUACUUGAUGGCAGCACUUGAAGCACUGGAGACUUGAAUUGCUUCGUACUCGUAGGACUUGAUAUUUCUUGAACGGGCUUUGCUAAGGGACUUUAGCACGGCCAGGGGCAAAAGGCUCCGAAAAGCUUCCAUAUUUAGGGCGUGUCAGAUCCAGGGGAAGAAGGAAUCUGUCACCAAAUUUGAGAUCCAACGCCGUGCCAAGUGGCUGAACUGGCCGGACAUUGGAUCUGGAUGGAUCUGGUGUUUGGGCACGAUCAAGGAGAGCAUGUGCUUGUGAGCGGGUUGUUCGUGUGCGUGCUUGAGGGCUUGUCAGCCAACAUCCUUGAGGCCAAGUCUAAAACGACUUCUGUUGAAUCCCGGAUAAUCUUUACCAUGUCAAGAAGAGUACAGUUUUGGUUGUCGCCUGCCGAAACUGAGGCCACAGAAACGUGCGCGGGUCAGGGCCUCGUUGAAUGUGAA